CGCCGCCUCGCGGUCCCGCCGCACGCGCACCUGCGGCCAGGUGUGACCCUCGGCUUCCCCUGCACCGCCGCUCUAGACCUUGGCUUCUGGAAGACCAGGACCUCCGUGCGACUCCUUGCCUCCCUCCUUUAGACCCGGUGAAAUUGCAUGUAUGCGUCUGCCUCCCAGCCUCGUGGGAAGCUAACCUCCAGGGGCAGCCGGGAUGGCCAGCUCCGCCCGGGAGCACCUGCUGUUCGUGCGGCGCCGGAACCCCCAGAUGCGGUACACGCUGAGCCCCGAGAACCUCCAGAGCCUCGCGGCCCAGAGCUCUAUGCCGGAGAACAUGACCCUCCCGAGGGCGAACAGUGACACGGACCUGGUGACCUCUGAGAGCCGCUCCAGCUUGACCGCCAGCAUGUACGAGUACACGCUGGGGCAAGCCCAGAACCUCAUUAUCUUCUGGGACAUUAAAGAGGAGGUGGACCCCAGUGAUUGGAUUGGGCUGUACCACAUAGAUGAGAAUUCUCCAGCCAACUUCUGGGAUUCUAAGAACAGGGGUGUGACUGGAACUCAAAAAGGGCAAAUUGUAUGGAGAAUUGAGCCUGGGCCCUAUUUCAUGGAACCGGAGAUAAAAAUCUGUUUUAAAUACUACCACGGCAUUAGUGGAGCCCUUCGCGCCACGACCCCCUGCAUUACGGUGAAGAACCCCGCUGUGAUGAUGGGGGCAGAAGGCAUGGAAGGAGGUGCUUCUGGAAAUCAGCAUUCUCGGAAGCUAGUUAGCUUUACGUUGUCAGAUCUUAGAGCAGUUGGGCUAAAGAAAGGUAUGUUCUUUAAUCCUGAUCCUUAUCUGAAGAUGUCCAUCCAGCCAGGGAAGAAGAGCAGCUUCCCCACCUGUGCCCACCAUGGGCAGGAGAGAAGGUCUACUAUCAUCAGUAACACCACUAAUCCAAUUUGGCACCGAGAGAAAUAUUCCUUUUUUGCACUUCUUACUGAUGUCUUAGAAAUUGAAAUUAAAGACAAAUUUGCCAAGAGUCGUCCCAUCAUCAAGCGUUUUCUGGGGAAACUAACCAUUCCAGUCCAGAGGUUGCUGGAGCGGCAAGCCAUUGGGGACCAAAUGCUCAGCUACAACCUUGGCCGGAGGCUCCCAGCUGACCACGUGAGCGGCUACCUCCAGUUUAAAGUGGAGGUCACGUCUUCCGUGCAUGAAGACGCUUCUCCGGAAGCCGUGGGCACAAUCCUUGGGGUCAGUACGGUGAACGGAGACCUGGGAAGCCCUUCUGAUGAGGAGGAUGUGCCAGGGGGCCACCAGGACAGCCCCGCUUGCUCCAACGGCCCGGUUUCGGAGGACAGCGCUGCAGACGCGACGCCCAAGCGCGCUCUCAGGACUAGCUCCACGCUCGACAUGGACUCCGAGGACCUGAGCUCCGCCGCGUCCAGGGCCUCGCCCCCCCGGGGCCGCCAGGAUUCGCUCAACGACUACCUGGACGCCAUCGAACGCGCGGCCGCCUGCCCCGACAGGUCCCUGGGCGCCUCCCCCAAACUCAGGAGUAGUUUUCCCACCGACACGAGGCUCAACGCGAUGCUGCACAUCGACUCCGACGAGGAGGAGCACGAGUUCCAGCAAGGCCUGGGGUACCCGGGCUCCCCCGAGGAGGACGAGGAGGGCGGGGGGCUGGUCAUGGCGGGCAGCGCACCCGCGGGCCGGACCCCCCAGGCCGGGCCGCAGGGCAGCCCCGCGGACCGGGCCGGGGCCUUGCACGCCGAGGACAAGCCGGGCCGCGCCCCCGAGCCCGCCGCCGCCGAGGGCGCCCCGGACGCCGAGCAGGUGGCCCGCGGGGCGGAGCCGGGCUCGCCCGACGCCGAGGCCUUGGAGCAGGAGCCGGAGCAGGAGCCGGAGCAGGAGCAGGAGCCGGCGCCCGAGCAGGAGCAGGAGCAGGAGCAGGAGCAGGAGCAGGACCAGGCCUCCUCCGAGACGGAGCCCAGCGACCCCGCCCCGACCGAGAGCGCGAGCGCCAGCGAGGCCAGCACGCGGCCCGAGGGCGAGAGCGACCUGGAGGGCGCCGACGGGCCCGGGCCCUGCGCCCACACGCGGGGCCCCGCGCCCGAGGGGGAGGCGGCGGCGGCGGCGCCGGAGGAGGCGGGCGGCGAGGAGCAGCGCGGUGCCUGCGGAGGCCCCGCCGCGCCCCGGGAGCCCAACGCCCUGCCCGCCCUGCCCGCCGUGCAGGUGCCCCGCGGGGCCGGGGCCGGGGCCGGGGCCGGGGAUGCGCCCGGGGCGCACGACGUGUGGCGGCGCAGGGGCAGCCUGCAGGGGGCGGCCGAGCGCCCGCGGGAGGAGCAGGAGCAGGACGAGCGGGAGCGGGAGCGGGAGCAGCCGCGGGAGGAGCGGGAGCCCGAGCCCGAGCCGGACGCCGACGCCCCGGCCGCCCGCGGAGCCUGCGAGGGGGCCGCUGCGCAGGAGGAGGGCGCCGCCGCCGGAGAUUCUCAAGCCAAUGGCCACCAACCAUUGAGAUCGUUGCCUUCGGUGCGCCAGGACGUUAGCCGCUACCAGAGGGUGGACGAGGCUCUCCCACCAAACUGGGAGGCGCGCAUUGACAGCCACGGCAGGAUCUUCUACGUGGAUCACGUGAACAGAACCACCACAUGGCAGCGGCCAACAGCGCCUCCAGCCCCCCAGGUGCUGCAGAGAUCAAACUCCAUACAGCAAAUGGAGCAGCUGAACCGGAGAUACCAGAGUAUCCGCAGAACCAUGACUAAUGAGAGGCCUGAGGAAAAUACCAAUGCGAUCGAUGGGGCAGGGGAGGAAGCUGACUUUCACCAAGCCAGUGCAGAUUUCCGACGGGAAAACGUCCUGCCUCACUCUACCUCCAGAUCCAGGCUCACGUUGCUGUUACAGUCACCCCCUGUGAAGUUCCUCAUCAGCCCAGACUUCUUCACCGUGCUGCAUUCUAACCCUAGUGCCUACCGCAUGUUUACAAACAAUACGUGUUUGAAGCACAUGAUCACCAAAGUCCGGCGGGACACCCACCACUUUGAACGCUACCAGCAUAACCGAGAUCUUGUGGGAUUCCUCAAUAUGUUCGCCAACAAACAGCUGGAGCUGCCAAGGGGCUGGGAGAUGAAACACGAUCAUCAGGGCAAGGCAUUUUUUGUCGACCACAACUCCCGCACCACCACUUUUAUCGACCCCCGGCUCCCACUCCAGAGCAGUAGACCCACGAGCGCGCUGGUUCAUCGGCAGCACCUGACCAGGCAACGCAGCCACAGCGCAGGCGAGGUAGGAGAAGAUUCUCGACAUACAGGACCACCAGUUCUUCCCAGGCCAUCAAGUACAUUCAAUACAGUCAGUAGGCCACAGUACCAGGAUAUGGUUCCAGUGGCUUACAAUGACAAGAUUGUUGCAUUUCUGCGCCAACCCAACAUCUUUGAAAUUCUGCAGGAGCGUCAACCUGAUCUUACCAGGAAUCAUUCACUCAGGGAGAAGAUCCAAUUUAUCCGAACUGAAGGGACCCCAGGAUUGGUGCGUCUUUCAAGUGAUGCAGACCUUGUUAUGUUGCUGAGUUUAUUUGAAGAAGAGAUAAUGUCUUAUGUGCCUCCACAUGCCUUACUUCACCCCAGCUACUGUCAGUCUCCACGUGGUUCCCCUGUGUCCUCUCCCCAGAACUCGCCGGGUACUCAGCGUGCCAAUGCCCGGGCUCCAGCCCCUUACAAGCGGGACUUUGAAGCCAAACUAAGGAACUUUUACAGGAAGUUAGAGACUAAAGGAUACGGACAAGGCCCAGGGAAAUUAAAGUUAAUUAUCAGAAGAGAUCACUUACUAGAAGAUGCUUUCAAUCAGAUUAUGGGCUACUCCAGAAAAGACUUGCAGAGAAAUAAGCUGUACGUCACGUUCGUCGGGGAGGAAGGGCUGGAUUACAGUGGACCUUCCAGAGAGUUUUUCUUCCUCGUAUCCAGAGAACUCUUUAACCCAUAUUAUGGCUUAUUUGAAUAUUCGGCCAAUGACACAUACACAGUACAGAUAAGUCCCAUGUCUGCUUUUGUAGACAAUCAUCAUGAAUGGUUCCGGUUCAGUGGUAGGAUCCUUGGUCUCGCACUAAUACACCAGUAUUUGUUGGAUGCCUUCUUCACACGGCCCUUUUAUAAAGCCCUUCUCAGAAUUCUGUGUGACCUGAGUGAUCUAGAAUACCUUGACGAAGAGUUCCACCAGAGCCUGCAGUGGAUGAAAGACAAUGACAUCCAUGACAUCUUGGACCUUACAUUCACUGUGAAUGAAGAAGUUUUUGGGCAGAUUACCGAACGAGAAUUAAAACCAGGGGGUGCCAAUAUCCCAGUCACAGAGAAGAACAAGAAGGAGUACAUCGAAAGGAUGGUGAAAUGGAGGAUUGAGAGGGGCGUCGUACAGCAAACGGAGAGCUUAGUGCGUGGCUUCUAUGAGGUGGUGGAUGCCAGGCUGGUGUCUGUUUUUGAUGCAAGAGAACUGGAACUGGUCAUCGCAGGCACAGCUGAAAUCGACCUGAGUGACUGGAGAAACAACACAGAAUAUAGAGGAGGAUAUCAUGACAAUCAUAUUGUAAUUCGGUGGUUCUGGGCUGCAGUGGAAAGAUUCAACAAUGAACAACGACUAAGGUUGUUACAGUUUGUCACGGGCACAUCCAGCAUUCCCUAUGAAGGAUUUGCUUCUCUCCGAGGGAGUAAUGGCCCAAGAAGAUUCUGCGUGGAGAAAUGGGGGAAAAUCACUGCUCUUCCCAGAGCUCACACUUGUUUUAACCGUCUGGAUCUCCCCCCAUACCCAUCCUUCUCCAUGCUUUAUGAAAAACUCUUGACAGCAGUUGAAGAGACCAGCACCUUUGGACUUGAGUGACCUGAAAAAGCGAUGUCGGGCUCUGUACGGACAGGCAAUUUUGGAAGCUGUGCUCUAGAAGAAUGGCUGAACAUUGGAAGUUUCAAGAGUUUGCUUCCAGUAGAGUAAAGCUGAAUGCUCUGAUUUUCCAGGAACACAUGCUCCGUCACAUUUGGGGACCGGAUGGAUAGUGGUGAUGAGUCCUCUUGGAAGGAUUUGGGUGAGCUUGAUGCCCAGGGAACAACCCAACAGUCUUUCAAUCAACAGUUGUUGACUGCCAAACUUUUUUCCAUUUGUGUUAUGUUCCAAGACAAAGAUGAACCUGUACACGAUCAGCUUCAUUGUAACUUUUAGGGACUCAGGAGAAUCUUGAAACUUACCAUUGAACGUGGAUCAAGCCAAACUGGCAGCACUUGGCCCAAUCUCCAAAUUAGCGCAAGUUAAAUAAUAUAAUAAAAACAAAUGUAUUUCCUGAAAGUACAUUCAUUUAAGCCCUAAGUUAUAGCAGAAUAUUCAUUUUCUUGCUUAUGAGUGCCUGCAUGGUGUGCACCAUAGGUUUCAGCUUUCAUGGGACACAAGUGAAAAUGAAACCAAGUCAACAUGAGGUAACUUUAAAGAUUUGCAAUAAGGUGGUCUGUGACAAUGUAUAUGCAAAGUGGUAUGUGUGUAAUUAUGGCUGAAGACAAACUGUUAUACAAUGAAUAACUAAUGACAGAUUUUAUGCUUUAUAAUGCAUGAGAACAAUUUAAAAAUAACUAGCAAUUAAUCACAGCAUAUCAGGAAAAAUACACAGUGAGUUCUGUUUAUUUUUCAUAGGUUCAUUAUAUUUCUGUUCCUUAAGAUGUAUAUAAGAACCUACCUGUCAUACUGUAUGUAUCACCUGUUCCAUUUUCAUGUUCCAUGCUUACUCGGGCAUCAUGCUAGUAUGUAUCCUUUUACAGCACUCUCAAGGGAACAAAAGGGCCUUUUAUUUUUAUAAAGGUACAAAAAAAAAAAUUCCCCGAAAUAUUUUGCACUGAAUGUACCAAAGUUGAAGGGACAUUACAACGUGACUAAUGGCAACUCCAUCACUUGACAAGUAUAAUAGGAAAUAGCUUCUAAAUCCGACUUCCUUCACAGUGCCAUGUCUACCACUACAAGGACUGUGCAUCUAAGUAAUAAUUUUUUAAGACUCACUAUAUGUGAUAGUAUGAUAUGCAUUUAUUUAAAAUGCAUUAGACUUUUUCCAUCCAUCAAAUACUUUACAGGAUGGCAUUUAAUACAGAUAUUUCGUAUUUCCCCCACUGCUUUUUAUUUGUACAGCAUCAUUAAACACUAAGCUCAUUUAGAGAGCCAUCAGCGACACCCAAGAGAUCAGCUCUCUUUAGUAAUAAGAAUUCCAUUUUUCCCUCAUCAGUAAAGACAUCACAAAUUGAAACUCUCAGUACUAUAUUUCUAAGCCUGCAUUUUCACUGAUGCAUAAUUUUCUUAUCAAUAUUAAGAAACAAUUUUUCUAUGGUAUCUCAGCAACUGCAUGCUAUCACUGAUGUGAUUUCUGCUUAGUUUUAUCAGAGGUUGUUCAUUUUUAUUGCUUCUGGGGUUACUCCACAUCGUUGUUUAUUUCUUGACUUAUGGCCAUAACUAAUCUGAGUGAGUUCUCUAAUAGGUUGACGUUAAAUCAUGGAUAAUAAAAGCAUUGGAUUAAGAUUUGGUUUGCCAGCCUGUGGUUUUACAGGCGUUGCCCAAACACCUCUUUGAGAAUUAUAAGUAGCCAUGGAAUUCCUAUUAUGGGAUGUUGGCAAUCUUGUAUUUUAUAGGGUCACAUGCAUGGUUUUCACAGGUGGUUUAUAAGAACUAAUUGCUCUCCUGUUGGUUAAGCUAUGUUUACUAUUGAGACCCUCAAGAGAAAUACCACUCAUGUUGCAUUCCUGAAUUAAAGGCAGGUACUAUAGCAUGGGGAAAUGUUCCCGCCAAAAGGUUACAGAAAUCUGGAGAUUAAAAAAAGAUUAACUGUGUACUAUAAUUGGACCAGAAAAAAAGGAAGAGAAAAAAGUUUUAAUUGGAAAUGUUAGCUUGUACUUACUGAUCAUGAAUAUAAGUAUAUAUUUAAUUUUGCAAACUAUUUUUACUUGUUUGUAUUUUUUUCAUUAUAAGGAAAAAUAGUAUAACAUACUUUAAAAAAAAAAACCCUCAUCUUCACUUGUAUAGGUUCGGAGCUGGCAUUCUCUAAGCAGCUGGUAUAAAAGGUUACAUUUCUUUCAAAAACAGACCAUGUUAGCUUUCAUUUUGGUUUGUGACACUUUGUUAUCAUACUCCACAUUAUUACGCAAAAGAGGUUUGAAAUAAAAUGCAUCUCUUUAAUUAUUUCUAACAAAUAUAUUUCUUGUUAAAGCAUCUAACUUCUUCCCAAAUAACAGUAUAAUCAUCUACUGUUGCUGUUGUUCUCAAAAUUGGGGAUUAUCAAAGAUGCACUUAGCAUAUCAGAAUACCAUGAUAACGGAUCUAUUAUUCUUAAUUAGUCCAAUAAUAACUGAAAAUAUUAAAUAACAUUUCCACAUAUUAAAUUAGACUUUAAUAUCCUCUACAAAUAGAAAUACCCAUAAAUAUUUUCUGGACUCCGAGCCUAGAUGACUUGGCUGUGUGGUCUCAUUUUCUUUAAGAAAUUCGUGAGUGAUGCUUGUUCUCUGCUGUCUUCUAUAAAAGACAGCCAUGCUGCCUUGUGUAUGUAUGCGGAACGUGUGUUAGUUGAAGCAAGAGGCACCCUAUUGGCCUCCACUCUGUGCCAGCCACUGUGUUUGAUGAUGGAGCCACAAGGUUCAAACUCUGUCCUUAAGAAGCUCACAGUCUAGAGUAGACACCAAGGUUUUUAAGAAGUAUUUUUAAUGAAAUUUGGUAUGUUCUACAAUCAAGGAAUGAGGAGAGAACAGCUUAUUCCAUCUGGGAAAUCCACUGAAGGUUUCAUACAUGGGAGAUACUCUGGCUAAAAAUAAAAAUCACAUAAAUGCCCUUUCUGUUAGUAACUAAUGGCACGUAAUAGUGUGUCAACACUGGUCAGGUGGGGAAGCCCAGGGUGCACUUAAACACGAGACUUAAAAGGGUGCAGACAGGGAGCUGAGCCAUGACGGAGCAUUUGGCUCCCCUCAAAUUAUCAAAGAAAUGCCAAUAUUAAAUCUGGUAGUUUCCUUUCAUCUGCACUGCAAUGUACCUUCAGUUUUCAGUGGGAAAAAAAAAAUCCCCAGUCCUUGGGCCCUACCCACUUUUGUGGUCAAGACAUUUAUGAUAUGCACAAAAGAAUGAACGGAUCUUGGUUAAAGAAGUGUGGUCACAAUUUUCCAGCAUAUGUUGUGCUUGUAAUUUAGCAGACAUUCCGUAAUCAAUGAGGGAAGAUUUGUUUCACCUGGAUUAACGAUCAGACGGGCUGACAUGUUCAAAAUGCUUGACAGUAAUGGUGGAAUGUGUGUGUGUGGCACUUUAGAGUUUCAAAGUGCUAUCAGGUGUGUCAUCUUACCUCUUCUGCUGCUCACAGGCUUUUGAGGGGUAGAAGGUGCCAAUCCCUGCUGGGCUGAGGCUGAUUUUCGUGGAUGGCUUAUAAGACCCGCUUCAGCACUUUCUGGUUACAAUUCUAGGUUUCCUUACAAGAAAUGGGGAGACUGAUGUUUCUACAAACAUAUUCCACUACCACUGAAUUUUGCAAGAUGCUUCAUCUGCCCAAGUUCUCAUGUCUACAAACAAAUACUCUUAACAUGUGUCAUCUUCUGAAAAGCCCAAGGAACAAAUUAGUAUAUUCUUGGAAAAACUCAUAGACUUAAUAUUUGCAUUUUGCUACCAGUUAUAGGAAACUUGAAAUGAUACAUAAUUUGAUGGGUUUUGGUGGAUUUCUAUAGUACAGUGUUUUAAUUUUCUCAAAUAUUAUUUAGAAGUAAUUUAAUGGAGAAGAAAAAGCACUUUUACCAGAAACCUAAUUUUAUUUUUUAAUUCUUAACAAGGAUGGAUCUAGAAGCUGGUUGCUAGGUUCCAGUGGUGUGGGUGAAGGAACCCCUGCAGGUUCUCUUUUCCUCUCUGUCCUCUUCACAUUCACUCAAUUUUUUUCUUUUUGCACAAAUUGUGUUUAUGACUUGACCACUUCUAACGGAAGUGAACAUCUAAUAAUAAAGAGUCUGAAAGUCUUUCUAACUUAACCAUAUUGGAGAAGUCCCCAAGGCAGGUGAAAUGAUGAUAUGCCAUCUCUGUAACCCUGCACAGUAAAAACAUGGAAAAGAAGAAUGUGACUUAAUCCCCUAACUGGGUCUGCGUCUCAGGCCCCUAUUGUUCUCUCUUAUCUGCUUUAGUUGAUGCGUGGAAACACUCUAGGUCUUAGACACCUUACUUCCAUAAAACUUGAAUGUAAAUUAAUGAGCAUGUCACUUUUAAUCAGAUUCUCAUUUUGCAAAACCUGUUACUUUCCUAGUUUGAUUGUGUUUUCCAGAUAGAUUUGUUUAACAUAGAAGCAAAGGAAUGCCAGCCAGAGACAUUAAAGCUUUCUCAACUGUGGCUGAAGGCCAACAGCAGCCCACUAGAAGGGUGAUACAAACAAAAAACAGAAAAGCCCAGCAAUUGUGUUCCCCACCCCUGCCAGAAUAUAAUGCAAAUUAUUGACCAGCUAUCAAGAUUCAGGAGUGGUUGCUGCAUUCCAAGGAGCUGGCACAAAGGAAAUACUGUGCAUGUGUGUGUGUGUGUGUGUGUGUGUGUGUGUGUUUGCACGCACACUCCCCUUAAUCACAGCAAUCUGGGCCAGAAGGAAUGCAGGGAUGGUUAAGACAGGACCCUAGCAGAGGGAAAGUUAAAACAAGGGUUGGAAAGAUCAUCUGAAGGCUUCAAUUUGGUUCCUGACUUAGGAGGAAAAAAAAAAAAAAAAGAAUGUCUUGCUGUCUAGUGAGGGCACUGCUUGAUAAACUGCCUGGUGGGAAAUACCUUCAUUGUAUAACUUCAGUAGGUUGAUAACAUCUGAUUGCACAAAAGAAUUUAAAAGUAUUAAAGCUAACCAUAGCUGAAUCAGGAAAAUUUGACAAUUUAGUUAAAUUAUGUUGUGGAUUUUGUUUAACUUCAGAAUUGCUGUUGCAAUUAUUGAACUUCCUAUGUAAGUAAAAAAAAAAAGUCAUAGCUUGGCAUAUUUAUGAUGCUUAAUUUGUUUCUCAGCAGACAUUCUUUGACACUAGCUUUUGGGACAUUUUCACAGUUUCUAGUGGUUACUUAGAUGUUCCCCAUUAAUACAAAAAGUGAAAACUUAAGAAUUAGGUUGCUGAAUUGCAAAUGGAGAUCUAAUCAGUGUUUCCAAUUUUUCAGGAAGCUAAUCAGGAUUGAAAACACAUUUAGAUUUAAUCUGCUAGGCAGUUUAUUUGGCUUUCAUGAUGGCACAGUUCAGCAGCAUCGGCAGUCCCUAGUUGUAGGGGUUCUGGGGAAAACAAGGAAAUUAAAUUUAUAUAUGUGAUUUUUACGUUUAGUGGCCUUGGGCAGGUGAUAUCUUUCUAAUUUUCUUGUAGAAUAUUACAACCCUGAGGAGUGUUGGUAGGUAUGUUGUGUGAUUCAAACUGAAUCAGCUGUUACUGAUGCAGAUAAGGAACCAUCAGUAAACUUCUGGUUACUACACCUUCUGUAAAAAAGGAUGGAUAAUGUUCAACAAAUACCUUGGAAGGAUUAACCAGGAAACACACAGAACUGAAUGUUCUUUUAGGACCCUGAUGCUCUAAAAGCUGUUAUUACAACCUAUUUUUCUUGAUAUGAUAUCGUAAGUAAAAUUUGAAGCUGUUAAUAUAUUGGAAAGUGCAUAAGAUUACAUGUUUUUAUAAUAGGGAUGCAGGCAUUCCAAAAGAAAUAAAAAUACAUGCAUCUCUUUUGCCUCUUACUGGAAGUAUUACUCUAAUUUUAUAAUAAUGCUUACUUUUUAAUAUUAAGGCUCUGUAAAAAAAACAUAUUUAUUUCUAAAAUUUCAGUAGAGCACAGGUGACGUAUUUUUUUAAGCCUUUCCAUUUCUUUUCACCAACUUCACCCAUGUGUCUACUAUACCAUGUAUUACACUCAAGAGCUAUGUUUUUAUUUUGUUGAGUUGAUUUAAGCUUCAUAUUCAAUCAAUGUGACUUUUAGUAGAGAAUAAUAAUGGGAGAUAUUUAGUAUUGGCAUUAAGACCAUACAGCUCUCAUUUUACCUUAUAUUUAAAUUUCAUCUAUCUUUUUCCAAAGCAAAUAAUGCAGAUUGUUGACAUCCUAGAGCUGGUUUGUGGGUGGUAUUAAAUGGAGCCUGGGACUCUGAAAUGUAGACUAGAUGUUUGUUUUCUGGAAAGUUUAUAUUCUUAUCCUCACCUGAACCCCUGACUUUUGUGUUGUAUUUUUUUAUGCCUUGAGGGAAAGAUAUUUUAAUGUGUACAAUUUGUUUUAUUUUCAUACUGAUCUCUAUUUUUGUUUAAAACCAUGUUGCAUCAUGAAAUCACUUAAUCCAAAAUAAAUCUUCUUUAAAAAAAUA